AUGGGCGACGGCUCCGUCGAGCUACGAGAGCACGGCACCAAGCGUGACGACAACUGCCUUGUUCGAUCCGACGAUGCCGGAAUCUGGAAUUAUAUCAAAGCGUGGCACUGGUUUCCCCUCCACCUGGCCUGUUGCAUUUGCUUCAUUGUUGUCAUGUUCUUGCUGGUCGACAACCACACCUUUUUGUCCGGAACAACUCCUGAUUCCGAUCUACGACGGUCCGGAUUCUACCAAACAGAGGUGACUGGACUCGUUUCAGCUGCGCUUGUCCUUAUUCGCCUUGUCGCCGGCGUAGGUUCCGCCCUCGUCCUGUGGCGCUUGAUUUUCAUCCUUCUGGAGAAAAGCGGCCUCACUCUUGCGGAGAUAUGCCGCUUGGCCGACAAGAAGCUUCCGAUAUUGCCUCGCUUUGAGUCCUCUAGUCAAUCGCUAUGGUCCUGCUUUGCUUUCGUCGUUGUAAUCUUGCUCUGGCCCCAAACAAUCGCCGCACCGCUUGCCAACUCCUCCUUGGCUUGGACGCCUUCCACCAAACUAGCCAGUGCAUCAUCAUCACAAAAUUAUAUUCUCAAUACAUUAAACGAUCCCAAGGACAAGGACAGCUUCGUAUACGCAAAUUUGAUCACAAGAGUCAUUUUCAUAGCGUCUUUCAUGGCCGGCAAAAACCCCGACUACGCAUUCGCCGCGCUGAGGGAUUCGCAAAUUCCUCUUAGGCGAUAUAGUUACUUGAUCCCUUCGCUAAACGAUGGCGGGCUUGGUUCAUUCGGUUUGCCAUACUUUGAGGUCAUAAACCUCAAAUGGAUUGACGCGCCCGACGGUCGUCAACUCAACCAGAUGGACAACUCGAGCAUGCUUGAGGAUCCGGUUACUCCUGAAGUAUUUGCUCCUGUAGGGAAUCUAGCUUUUCUGAGGGAUACCAAAUGGCUCGCAAACGAGACGGUAGAUCUGUACGAACCUCAGAUUUUCGAAGGGAAAAAGAAUGUUUCUGUCAAGGUCGAUGGGACGUAUCUUGGUCAGAUAAUCGAUGGAAAGAACGUGACCGAAGACACUCCCUGUCCAACGGUUGGAGAUGUUUUCGGAAAGCUACCGUCCGUCCAAAGAUUCCACCGCGGAUACUACGUUUCUAACGACUGGCGUGCCAACGACUGCUACUUGCUCGCAGAAGUUACCAUAAAAGCUGGAAUCUACCCAAAACGAUUUAGCAACGUAACUCUUGUUGGGUCUUCAGACCACGUUCACGCCAUAAGCCCCAUAGGUGGUGCCGAUGAUGCGAAUCCCUCCCUGAUUCCUGACGGUAGCGUCGGGCCAGUAUUAGACAUGAUGUCUGAUGUGGCAAGGCUGAUAAUUGCACUCAACCUAACUUCGGAUUGGCAAAAGGAUAAUAUCGACAACUUCGUAAAAGGUAUGCUUUCGAUGUCGUAUCACAGCACCUGGAGCGCGAUGCCCGUAAUAAUCAAUGAUAAUACCGAGGCUGUUGAUGUCACACCUAUGGAACCCGUUAUCCUUGCCUCUGUCGAUAAACGGCGACUAUAUGCCUGGCUAGGCAUGAAUUUGGCACUCACAGUUGCUGCGCUUCUUGUCGGAGUCGCGCAUCACUGGACCACCACGAGGAUAAAGACGAUCCGCGACACCACCCUCGCUGCAUUGACAAUAGACAUCUCGAAGAUUUCACACCAGAGCGGUAGUGGACUAUGUAAUGCUUCGGCAUUGAACGGAGACGACCAUGCUAUAGGAAGGAUGAAAUGGAAAGAUGAUAACGACAUGGAAACCUAUCAUAUGACUGAUGAAACUCAUCGAGACGGUUGCCGGAGAGAAUUGGAUGUCGCUGCAACCUACAAUACUCAACCGAUCAGAGAGAAUAUACCCUGCAGUCCUCACUCUCGUCAGACACCCCGCACGAACCUCGACGUCUUCCCCGGCUCCCAAAUCAUAGGGCAGCUCGUGUAA